UUGAUAUGGAAUUAUCAUGUGACUUGACCCUUCUUUCGUUUUGGUAUUUAUAUGUGCGUCAACUAUUUAUGUGAUUUCAUUUUUAAUUAUUUUUGUUACGUGCCAUGAUUAUUUGCUUUCGCUAGUUGCUGUUUUUGUUCUGAACCGGACAGUUGAACCACAGAGCUAGAAGACGUCAAGUGCGAUAUGUCUGAGAGUGGGCAGAGUCCUACGCGGGUGCGGCUUGGGACGCGGGAGGUGGACUACCCUAGCGACUACCUCCAGCCCCUUCAGGACAGCAACCACCUAAUAGGGGAUAGCGAAGCCCUCUGGCGGGAACUUGAUGACAAGGGGUACCUAUUCAUCCGGGGGCUGCACUCCCGGGAGGAUGUGUUGGCCGGCCGGCUGCACGUGCUGCAGCACAUCCUUUCAGAGGGUGAGGGGAAGCUGGACUUGCAGCGACGCUGGGAGGAGGGCGUCCUCGAUCUGCGCUGCGGCGGCGGCUGUUUACCCUACAUGGAGGGAAAAAACGACGUGACCCAUUCUGAACCAAUCAUCAAGGUUCUAGAAGGACCAAGACCGUUCAAAUUCUUCAACGACCUGUUUGGUGAACAGACAAGAUCGUUCGACUACAAAUGGCUACGGGCCGUCCAUCGACAGGCGUUUACGGGCGCGCACGUGGACAACGUGUAUAUGGCACGUGGGACUUCCAGGCUCCUCACCAUGUGGACGCCCUUCGGGGAUGUGGACCCUAACAUUGGCUGCCUCGCGGUCUGCGAGGGGUCCAACAAGCUGCCUGGAUUUGAGAAACUCCAUAAGACGUAUUCAGAAGUCGAUGUGGAAGCGGUAAAUUUAAACGGUUCUGGUUGGUUCACAACUGACCCGUUCGAGAUCACAGAGCGGUUUGGUGGCCAAUGGAAGACGACGGAGUACCGGGCCGGGGAUGUCCUCAUCUUUGGCAUGAGAACAGUUCACAUGUCGACGGCAAACCAGACAGAUUUGGUCAGGGUCAGUUGUGAUACAAGGUGGCAGCCGGCGGGAGAGCCCUCGGACCCCCGAUACGUGGGUGAGUUCAAGAAGCCGGCACAGAGUUUCGGCCUGUACGCCAAGGACGAUAAAGCGCCGCCGUCCGCCGUCACCAUGGAGGAACUCAAGGCCAAGUGGGGCUUCCAGUAAUCGCCCGCUUCACCCGCGUCAACACCAUCCCGGGACAUGUGCUUUAAUUACUUUCAGAUAUGAUCAUUUAUAACGAACGCACAGUUUAGUUCCCGCGGUUCGACGACUAUAAUUAUCAGGCUUUGUGUAGUAUUCGUAUGUUUGUACAGUUUCAUAUUUGCAAUGGCCGGUGGUCUAAAAGCAGUCUAGACUAUUGGUGGCGUGCAAAACUUUCAUGUGUAUGUAUAUAGCGAUGUUGUUUCUGCCAAGUAUUAUUCAAGAAAUCCGUUGCUUCCAUGCCGCAACGGCAAUGUUAUAAAACGAUUACAUUAAUUUAAAUUUUCAAUAAAAAAUAUCAAUACAUGA